AUGCAGGGCGGGGUUCUGUUGCGGGCCAGCCAUCGACUCUCGCCUCCGGACACGCUGAAAGUGCAGGCUGUUGAGCAGCGCGUUUAUCUCCGCGUAGUGCGUCCCGCGACCGAACGCUUCGUCCUCAGUAGGCCCAUCAACCCGCUCAUGUUCAUCCUCCGGGACUCGAGACAUCGGCGGCGCGGUGCCUACCCCCCCGACCCCUUCAGAAGGACCGACGAGCCCGGCCACGAGCGCAUCUCCGCCCGACGUGCCACGUACGCCUCCCGUGUUCAGCCGCUUCACCGCCCUCUGAAGUUCAUUCAGUUCCGGAUCCCUGUCAACAUCCUCAUGCAAACGCUUCGAAGACCGGGUCUCCAUCCAGCGUCCGUCGACUCGACGCGUCGUUCCCACGCUCGUCCCCCUCCGGCUAAAGAGCGCUCUGCUCUACUCAGAUCUGGCCGUUCGUCCUUCCAGAGAUCUGAGCACAGCUGCACUCUCUACCGUGCGUUUCCUAAUCUCGCAGAAGUCAGGAUACUUGUAGGACCGCACGGUUCUGCAGGUUGGCAGAACUAUGGAAGCCGCUCGCGCUGCCUCGAAGAGCUUGCGGGCGCCUUCUGGUGGGUCGGCGCAACACCAGAAAAAAGUGCUUUUCACACAGGUCCACACAGGUCUAAGUCAGGUGCCGAGGAAAAUUGGGUCUGCACACUCUGA